AUGAGUGCCGGUAGUGGAGCUUCUGUUAGCGAUAAGUGCAUUGAAACUUUUCAAGAGCUAAAGUUGAGGAAAAAAUACAAGGGAAUAAUUUUCAAGAUCGAAAAUGAAAAAGAGGUUGUCGUUGAAAGUACCUCUGAUGAACCUGAUUUUGAUACCUUUGCUUCUUACAUAAGCGAAAACUACCAAGAUAAACCUCGUUAUGUGGUUUACGAUCUUGAAUUUGAAUUAUCCGAAGGAGAAGGAAAACGCAGCAAGAUAAUCUUUUUCCUUUGGAAUGCGCCCGGAAGUAGAAUCAGAGAAAGAACUUUGUACACAUCAUCUAAAGCUUAUCUACGUCUUAAACUUAACGGUAUUUCAGCUGACGUACAGAUAAACGACUAUGAUGAUUUUGCCACCGUCAAGGAAAAUAUUUUGAACUCCAAGUAA